GGGGCUGGCAGGGUUCGCCCCUGCUUGUUGAGUGAGGCUUAUGGCGUGCCGUGUACACAUGUGUAGCUGUACCGUAAACACGGGCAUCACGCAGGCAUUUUAAAUGUGGCAGUCGAGCUCACGGCUGCUGACUGUUCAUGUGAAUGUGAGGUGACCAGCGAGUCAGUAAACCAUGAGUGCCAACUGUACAGCAGGUGAUGAUGCGGCUGAAGACAAGGUGGUGAUGAGGAGGUCAAGAAACCUGUUCGCACCUGCCUUUGACCACGUGGACCACAGCAAGAAACCUGGGGAGAAACACGUCAAGUGGAGCGAGUCCACUGAGCUGAGGGAGAGGAUGAAGGUUUAUAGGAGGAGUCAAUUAGACAUGCCGUUGGACUACCACCACAUAGCACUGGAAGAAAAGAGAGAGAAGGCAGGAGUGAAAGAAUGGAGGAGCAGCUUAUUGAAAGAUGACACAGAUGAUGAGGAAGAGACUGAACAAAAAAUUUCUCCGCUAGCUCUUGUACCACCUCCAGCUGCAGAAGCUGCAGCAGUCAGUGAAGAUCCUGACUCCACAGAUUCCGACGAGCCUGAUAAUCUCUAUGAUUUUGACAUAGACAAAAUGCUGCACAUCAUCAAAAUAAAAACCACAAAGUACACAGUGUAUCCAGCGUACUGUUCAGCUGUUGAUGCGUACAGUGAAUGGCUCUCAAAUAAAGACAACACAAAAAAUCUAACAGAAGAACAAUUGAAAACGAAGCAAAGACAACUGGACUUGUACAAGAGAGUUGUUGGCCUUUAUGAGAACUGGGGAGACCAGGAUGAUGAUGAGAUGUCCUGUACUAAAUACAACGAAAUCAAUUCUCUCCUGGAGGAAUCCACAGCACUAGGCCCUGCGCCUGACUGUGUUGCAAGUCUUAUUACGGAGGUGAUCAAUGCCGAGGAGAAUGCACAAAAGCAAGUGGAGGUGUACAACGACAUGGUGCAGGAGAUUAUCACAAGUAUAGACACAUCAGUGGAAGUUUGAGACACUUGUUUUAUGUUUUGGAAGUUUGAGACACUUGUUUUAUGUUUUGGAAGUUUGAGACACUUGUUUUAUGUUUUGGAAGUUUGAGACACUUGUUUUAUGUUUUGGAAGUUUGAGACUUGUUUUAUGUUUUGGAAGUUUGAGACUUGUUUUAUGUUUUGGAAGUUUGAGACUUGUUUUAUGUUUUGGAAGUUUGAGACACUUGUUUUAUGUCUGUACAAGUAUAGACACAUCAGUGGAAGUUUGAGACACUUGUUUUACGUCUGUGUCUGCAUGUUCGGGAGUGAAUGAAAAAAUAUUGUGUGGUACUUGUGGUGUGGGGAUGGCGCAGACUAACAGGAGAGUGUUAGAUUGCUAACCCGAAAGUCUUGAGUUUGAAUCUGGGUUCAGGUCUGUAGAAUGUCUUUGAGUCUACUCAGCUCUGAUGGGUACCUAACUCAAGUUAGAGAAAGUAAAGGGGUCUUGGCAUAGUGCUGACUACAGUAUCCCUUCAUAUGCUGAGGUGAACUCUCCUUUGCCCCAUGGACCAUCGGGUUCAAAAAUGGAACUUUACUUGUGGUGUGUGCGAGGUGUGGUGUGGUGUGGUGUGGUGUGGGUGUGUGCGAGGUGUGGUGUGGGUGACCUGCAGAGAGAGAGAUAUGUGAGAGCUAAGUAUGCCAUGCAUACAUCUGGUACUUUACUUGAAAGAUAGAAUUCUGUUCAUUUUUGUAUUUGUAUAGAUACAUAUUAUAUAAAUAGAUGGUGCUUAAUUUCUAUUUGAGUCCUUGGGGUAAUUUAUAAAAUUAUGUCUAAUUAUUUUAUGCAUCAAUUUUUUCAAUUAAGCAACUAACUUUAAUAAUAUUUAGGAAAAAUAAAGAAAUAAUUUUUUUUUUUAAAUUCUAUUACACAAUUUAAUUUUGUGUUAGUUUUCUAACAUAAAGUAAAUAAUUCUAUUUCACUAGAGACCAUUUUUAGUGGGGUAGGCAAAUACAAAUUAAAAGUUUAAAUUAUAAUAACCAGACUGAAGGAAACAAAUCUCUCCAUUUCUAACAGUAAAAAAAUAAACUUUUGGUUUGUAAGUGGAUGCGCUAUAACUGCUGACCCAAAAGUCUUUUGAGUUUUAGGGUCUGAGGCAAUAAGAAGUACGCAGCACUGAUGGGUACCUUAGGAGGUUGUUCAUAGUGCUAAAUUCUUAAUUCCUCAUAGGUUAAAGGUAACAGUAACAGAUUGACUCUAUUUCAAUAGCUCUAGUCACCGUUCAGGGUGAAAAGUCAAUAACUUUUUGAAUCUGAAGUAUUAUUAAACUAUGCUCCAAAAGGAACAGCUGGCUGAAAAUCUAAGGGUCAAUGCCCUAUUUGGCACAUAACAGGCUGAUAUGUAAUAUUUAAUUAUGUUUGGGGAAAUCCCAUCCAACAUUACAAUUAAAAAAAAAUGAAGAAGAUUAAGCUAAGCUGAUCUUAUCAACUAAUGACUCAGUUCUAGUUUCUUAUAUCAACCAUAGAUUAAUUCCCCUUGUAGGUGAUUCAAAAUGAAUUGGCUCCUACUUAUCACUAUGACAUCUCUUUUACUAUUUCAAUACUAAAAUAUGAAGCAUCAUUAUUGCUAUGAUGGGCAUUAGAUAAAUUUUAAAUGGUCAUAUGGUGUUCAGGGUAAAUUGAAUCUAUAUUAGGCCUACUUCUCUCCCUUAAUUAGCAUAAUAGAUUUAAAACAGUUCAGACUGUUGCUGAUAUAUAAAAUGAAAGCUGCUAUUUUUGUGUCCAUUCUAAUUAUAUAUGAGUUCUUAAAGAUAUUUCUAGUGGACAAAAGAAAAGACAAUGUGCAGAAAUUAACUUGUUAUACAUGACAAAAAUAGACUACACUCAAAAUUCUACUUGAUCAUUCUUUUGCUUCAAAUUUUAAAAGUGUAUAAAAGUAUUAUUUUGUAUAAUAUAUCAUCUUUAUUUAUAUUAAUUUCAUUUUUUAAAAAUGCUACAUGUUUGUCUUUCCUUUAUUUUUCCUUAAACCAAUAUUCAAACUUUGUUAUGUAAAUAUGUACCAAACAUUAGUA